AUGGCCUUCAAACACUUUGGCAAUCUCCCGCUGGAGUUGCAGAUGAAGAUAUGGCAGACUUACACGCACCCCGGCCCAGCUAUGCACAUCUUUGACGUCUGUUUUCCAUCUUGGAAGGGUGACGAACGUGCUGAAAGAGCUUUCGAGACGCAGAGAAAGGAUAAAGCUGGAGAAGCCAAGCUCAACAACUACAAAAAGAUGGUAUUUCUCGACCGUCUCGAGAAUGUCAGGUCAAAGGCUGCAUUCGACCCAAGCGUGUACCACGCAACAGCCACAUCAAGACUCAUCAGCCGCCUCGCCGAACAAACCGUCAGAGAGAUAGAGGCCAGACAGGGUAUGAACGAGAUCAGUCUCCCCGGUAGAGCCCAAAAGGUCUCUAUCCCUGCAUCCGACGUCCUCAUGCUUCGCUUCCGGGAAGAGCCCUCCGACCACAACGACCUCGCUACGGAAACGCUCCUCGUACCACCGCCAAUCAAAGACAUCCUCGAGAACCAAUGGUCACCGGAAAUAGCCACGGCAUUACAGAAUGCCAAAAAGGUCGCAAUCGACGUUUCCGAAACGUGGGCGACAGGGUUGUACGGCGAGCUAGGGCUUGAAGAGGUUGCAUUCUUCGCUUGCACGAUCCAGAAGGGUCUGGAGGUGCUAUACCUCGUGGAUGAGUGCACGGGGAGGUGUAAGCAGUGUGGUAGACAGAACGUCAAGAUGGGCGAGAUUCGGAGCCCGGAUGCGCUUUGGAGAGGUCUGCGGACGAAGAAUACGGAUGAUCAGGAGAGACCUGGGGAUAUCGUGCAUGCAAUAUCGAGACGCUACGUCGAAGCGCGGAACCUUGCGGCGCUGGGAUGGGAGGAGGAACAUCCAUCGUACAUUUUCGCAUGUUUGAUCGAUACUGCGAUCAAGAGUCAACAAGAGGGCGAAGAUAGAGGAAAGUUUCAAGGCGUCAGAGUCUUGGUAGUUGAGGAUGAGUGA